UGGGGAAAUUAUAGAAAAGUAAAACAUUACUAUCAGUUAGUACCUUAGUAUUUAAAGAAACAAAAUAUGAAAUACACUUGUAUAUUUAAAUGGAAUUAAAUACACGUUAAAACACGAUGAAAUGUAUACAUAUUUGUGUGCGCGUUCAUAGAGCAUAUACUAUUUCAUUGGGUGCGAAAACUUGCCACAACACCUACUAUUAAGGCGAUGACGUAAGAUUCAGGGGAAAGUGCGUCGUCUAGAAAGGCUGUAGAGGAGAGGAUUCUUUCCUCCAGCACCUACACUGUUUGUACGGAGGUUAGCUCUCUUAUUAAGUCAAUUUCAUAUUAUUAAGCUAUUGAACGAAGCCGUGAGUCGUCUGAUUUUUUUCCGGAGAAUAAUAGCGAUAAUGACGUUCACUAAGCUACGUUGGACACGUAGGAUCUACCUGUAUGCUGCUGCCAAUCCAUGAACUGACAGCUGUCAUCGCACCGAGCUGCUCAGCUAACCGGCUAAGUGAGCUAUUGGCUAGCAAGUGUUUUAAAGGCUUAUACCCAGGCUAACCAGCCGGCUUGAGCUCCUGUCGUCAGGAAAACGGUGACAAACACUGCUUCUUAAUUAGUUCCUCGGCCAACUUUGAGUUCUCUCUCUCUAAUUAAAAUCAUGAGCUCGCCAUGGAGCGUCAGAGAGUAGUGUUUGUGGUAUUAAUUUAAGUUAGCCAGCAUUUAGCUUUUAGCUACGUUCAUUCAAUUAAUGAAAAGUGCUAACGCCAGCGCCGGAGCGAACAGGGACUAGGUCCACCCACAGUAAGGCUUUGGUGGGAUAAACUUUGUUGCUCGACAGUGUCGUGGACAAUAUCUCAUAGAAAAUGAAGAAAUUUUUCGAUUCUCGACGGGAAUUGGGGAGCUCCGGGCCUGGUUCUGGAGCUGGUGGAGGAGGCGCAGGUUCCGGCGGCGGCAGCGGCUUUAUCGGACGUGUUUUCAGCAUUGGACGGUAUCAAGUGACCGUGGAAGAGAUUAUCGCAGAAGGAGGGUUUGCCAUUGUGUUUUUGGUGCGCACUCAUCAAGGUCUGCAGUGUGCACUCAAAAGAUUGUAUGUCAACAAUGAACACGACUUGCAGAUCUGCAAACUUGAAAUACAGAUUAUGAGGGAUCUUGUGGGUAACAGGAACAUAGUGGGUUUCCUGGACUCUAGCAUAACUGCAGUUGGAGCAGGCGAUGUGUGGGAGGUCUUAAUCCUAAUGGAUUUCUGUAGAGGUGGUCAGGUGGUCAACCUGAUGAAUCAGCGGUUACAGACAGGCUUCAGUGAACCUGAGGUGCUACAAAUCUUCUGUGACACGUGUGAGGCAGUGGCUCGUCUCCACCAGUGCAAAACUCCUAUCAUUCAUCGAGAUUUGAAGGUGGAAAAUAUUCUCCUGCACGACCAGGGUCAUUAUGUGCUCUGUGACUUUGGAAGUGCAACCAACAGAUUUCAAAACCCUCAGAUUGAAGGAGUACAGAUGGUAGAGGACGAAAUCAAGAAGUACACCACUCUGUCAUACCGAGCCCCAGAGAUGGUCAACCUCUAUGGUGGAAAGGUCAUCACAACUAAAGCAGAUAUUUGGGCCAUGGGUUGUUUACUUUAUAAACUGUGCUACUUCACACUCCCUUUUGGGGAAAGUCAGGUAGCAAUCUGUGACGGCAGCUUCACUAUCCCAGACAACUCCUGCUACUCACAGGACACGCACUGUCUCAUUAGAUACAUGCUGGAGCCUGACCCAGAUAGGAGACCAGACAUUUACCAGGUGUCCUACUUUGCAUUUAAACUGGCUCGACGGGAGUGUCCAGUCACAAAUGUCCAUAAUUCACCCAUUCCUACAAAACUCCCUGAGCCCAUCAGAGCCAGUGAAGCAGUGGCCAAAAAGAGUCAAACCAAAGCCAGGUUCACAGACCCCAUCCCCACCACAGAGACCUCAAUUGUACCUCGACAGCGGCCUAAGGCCGGUCAGCCUCAACCCCAGCCAAUAUCAGGAAUUCUGCCCAUCCAGCCUGCACUCACACCACGCAAGAGAUCCAAUGUAGCUGCUCCAGUGUCCCAGGCUAUAGGUGUUGGUAUUGGAUCCCCGCCUUCAGCUGCUGCUGUCCAACCUGCUCAGCAGGGCAUUUCGACACAGGCUGCAUCACUGUCAGUCCAGACAAACAGCAGGCACCCACAUGCCACACCACAGCAUCAUCAACUUCUCUUGAAGCAGCAGCAACAAGGUUUCUUAAGUCCACAGGGUGGCCAGCAGCAUCAACUGAUACAGAGCUUCCAUCAGCAACAGAUUCAACAGCAGGCAGGGUUGUUGUUACAACUGCAGUACCAGCAGCAACAGCAGCAUCUGCAACAGCAGCAGGUUGCCCAUGAAACAGCAGCACUGCAUCUCACUCCAAUUCCUGAGUCUGAACUAACUGGUCGUGGAGCUGACCAUGAGGUUGUGACAAUAGGCAGAGGGAUCCACAAGGUUGGGUCCUUGACACCACCGUCAUCUCCAAAGAUGGCGCCCAAGAGUGGACACCGUCGCAUCUUGAGUGAUGUCACGCACAGUGCCGUGUUUGGGGUCCCUGUCAGCAAGUCCACUCAGCUCCUACAGGCAGCCGCAGCUGAGGCCAGCCUUAAUAAAUCCAAAUCAGCCAGCACUACUCCCUCUGGCUCCCCCCGCUCCUCCCAGCAAAGUGUCUACCACCCAGGUGAGGGCGAGGUGUCUUCAAUUAUCACUGCACCCAAUGCCCAAUCCAGCUGGAACCCCUUUGGAGAUGAUAACUUCUCAAAGCUCACAGCAGAAGAACUGCUCAACAAAGAUUUUGCAAAGCUAUCUGAGGCUGUUGCAUCAGGGGAGAAGAUGACAGGCUCCAGUGAAAAUCUCCUGCGUGGGCUUAAUGCUUUCCCAGGUGAAACAUCAGCAGACAUCACAAGCACGGGUUCUGCAUUGUUGACUGUCCCGGACCCUUUUAAUACAUUUUCACUCUCCGACACCACAGAGAAGCUGAUUGAGGGAUUAAAGUCCCCAGAAACUUUUCUGCUGCUCCCUGACCUCUUAACCCUGACAAGCCCCUUCAGCAGUUCUGCAGAAAGCUCCACUAAUGCAAAGGCAGAUGUUUGUGUGGAUUCACUGAUUCCUGGUUUGGAAGCCCCCCAGACCCCACGACAUUCCGCCCAACCAGAGCUCAUCCCCACCACUAUUCCAGAAUCUCUAACUGGGGAGGACUCUCUGCUGGGUUGUGAUCUGUUAUCUCAUACCUCUCUUCAUGGAAACCAGUCUGUCUCUGCUCUCUCCUCCUCCUCCUACUCCUCUGCAACUCCUGGCUCCAGCUCUGGGUCCUGUCUGGAGGAGCUGCCACCUGCUCACUCAGCUUCUGACUCUACUUUCCUCAUGUCCUGUGGGGAGAAGGGUAAUAACAACGAGUUUGACCCUAUUCCUGUACUCAUCUCCAAAAACCCUAAUAAAGAUGCACCGGAGGAAGGCAAUGAAUACUCUGUGCUUGAAGUGGAACAGGAAGAUGUGGCACCAACCCAAGGCUGUGUUCAUUCCAGUGACGAGGAUGAGGAGAAACAGGUCAGUGAGGAUGAUCAUCAGGAGGGGGCAACCACUGACGGUCAAGCAGCAGUCCAUGACUCCAGUGGGUCAAGACCUCUCCUUCUAGACUCUGAAGAUGAAGAGGAACAGGCCAUUAAUUCAACCACCCUGUCCAGCACAGUUCAACCACAGCAACUGUCCACUACCUUACAUCAGCCCACUCCAAGCGCUUUUGCCCACAAUCAUACCGAGUAUUUACCUAAGGCAGCAGGAGAGACAGAUCUCACUGCAGAUGUCUUCUCUAAAGCCCCCUUUAGAAUCAUGCAAGAAGAUGCAACCGAUGUGUUUGCUAAUGCUCCGUUCCCGCGCCCUCCAGUUCAGCAGCAGCAGCAGCAGCAGCUGGAUGUGUUCUCUCAGGCUCCUUUUGGGAAAAGAAAAGAGGCUGCAGUAGCUCAGCCUGUGAAGUUGUACCCUCAGCCAGCCGGGGUUCAAGUUGGAUCAUCUGAUUCAAGUGUGUUAGGACAAGUUACGGCUCGUCCUUUCCGUCCUCAAGCCCUGGCCAAAUAUUCCCGACACUUUGAGGGACCUGUUCCCCAGCAGCUGGCAGCAGCGCACAGUGUGGUGACUAAUGUGAGCAGACAGGCCACUGUAGCAUCAGUCCCUGUUGGACCUCUUCAUUCAUGGACCUCAGAAAUGAGUGCUGUAGAUCCCUUCAUCUCAGCACCCUUUCACCUCAAAGCACCACAAGAAAAGCCUUGAAUGUACACAUGUGAAUCAAAACAGUGAGUAUCAGCACCACUCAUUUAUGCAAACUGAAAAUCACAGACAUGUAUGCAUGCUGACACCAGCACUGCAGCUGGACUGUGAGCCUGCAUGGAUCUUAUUUACAGGUUUUAAAUCUUGCAGUGUCCAGUGUCUGAAAUUCAACAUUAAUAGUGUGACAUCUUUUCCAGACUUUGUCACUUUUGGGGUUUUUAUUUUGUUUGUUUUUUUGCUGUCACGUUGUUUUACAUUUCCAUUUUUUCUGAUUUCUUUUCAUGGUCGACAAUAGUUGGCUUUCACUGUUGCCUCACAGCAGAAAACUCUAUUUGGCAUGUCCUGUGCAUGUGUUUCCCCAUAUAAUCCAGCUUUCUUUCACAGUCCAAAUAUUAGACGCUAUAAAUUGACCAUAGGUGAAUGUAAGACUAAAAGAUUGUUUGUCCUUAUGUCGCCCUGCAAUGGACUAGCAGUCUGCCCAGGGUGCCUUCCGCCAAUGUUUGCAUGAUUUUAACAGGAAAUGUCUCAAUUCUACAGUCUAGUCAGGAUAAAGCAGCUGACAAAUAAAUAAGUAUUUUUUCGUACACAAACUACAUCUACAAGAAGAAACUACACUAGUCAAGCAUUUAAUCUUUUUCUUGCCUACCUCAGUUAAAUUCCUGGACAGUCUUUAAAAACACUGCAUUAACAAUGACUUUUGUUUUAGGAUUUGACAAUUCAAUUUCCUGUUUAUUUGAGCUUUACUGUGAACCUAUGAUGUGGUAACACCAGAUUCCUUUUGUUAUCAUGGUUCUCAGAAAGAUUCAGGGAUAAGCACACUAUCAUGACAUCACAGAAAACUGGGGUAAGUAAACGAAUGAAAUAGACCCGUCUCCUUAACAAUACUGUGAGUAAACGUCCCAUGACUACAUCCACAUACACAAAUGUUUGUCAAAGUAGAUCUGCUGACUAAUGAUUAAUCAUGGACUGUUGUAGCAAUAUUCUGUCCUAAUGAAAAUGGUCAAUGUCUAACCAGACACCAAUAAUUAAUAAUCAUUUUUCCUUGGUCAAAAAUAUAAAAGAUUAUUUAGGUGUUACUUGACAAGCUUAUUCCUCUUUGCCUUACACUUAGAACCAUGCGUCCUUCCAACAAACAUCAUGAAUCACUCUUGCCUUCUGUGACCACCAGAAAAAAAUGCUGCUACAGCCUUCUAUCUCUGUGUGUGGAUUUCACAUGCAUUAGUGUUUUAUUUCAUUGAGUCCCCAUCACAACAAUCUCAAUAUAUACCAAAUGUGUCACACUGCUGACGUGAAAACGAGUCACAUUGAAAAAGGUAUUUGGCACAAAAUGCCAAAAAAAAAGGUGUCUUUGUGAACACUGGUAUUGUUUUAUCAGAAGUUAGAAAUAUUUUAAUUGUGUUUUGUUUAAUCAUGGAAAUGGGCACUUUUAAAUAAAGAGGGUCAGUUUAUUUUUCAACUGAAAGUUCAAUCAAUAUCUUCUGUUGCAAUGAUGAUUGUUUGUUAGGUUAUUUUUUUCAUUAAGUGUACUACAUUUUUUUAAUUAUCUGACUUCAAAACAUGAGAGUGGCACUUCAUAACUGAUCCAGAGUCAGGGUUCUCGUAGAAUGUCUUUUGACUGUAACAGCUGUAAAGUAUAUUUUCCCUAGUGUUUCAACAGCUGGUGGUACUGUUGGACAACAAAAAGCACUUGAACAUUUGUUAUGUCACACAUCCUGCCUUUGAACUUGUGUUGUAAUUCAUAAUAAACAAAAUAUUAAAUGAAUGUAAAUCAA